AUGGAGAAGUUUGUUGGAAUGAAUUUCGGGAGCGGCCCAAGCAAGAAGGACCUGCUGGAGACCAUUGAGACUCAGAAGAAGCAGCUCCUCCAGUACCAGACACGUCUCAAGGAUGUAGUCCGUGCCUAUAAAAGUCUGCUGAAGGAGAAAGAGGCGCUGGAGGCCAGCAUUAAGGUACUGUCCGUAUCCCACGAGGCGGAUGUGGGCCUCGCAGGUGUGCAGCCUCAAGGCCUCACCUUUCCUGACUCUGUGGAUGACCGGUGCUCCACUCACAGCGAGGAUAGCACAGGGACCGCCGCCAGCCUGGAUACUGCGGCCAGUCUCACCAGCACCAAGGGUGAGUUUGGGGUAGAAGAUGACAGACUGGCCCGUGGACCACCACCUCCAAAGUUGGAAGAGGCCAGCGGGUCAGAGAGUGGCGUUAGCAGUAGUAGUGGGGACGGCCCAUCUGGGAGUGGGGAGGUGGACAAACGACUGCAGCAGCUGAAGACUCAGUUGGCUACUUUGACCAGCUCUUUGGCUACAGUCACCCAGGAGAAGUCCCGCAUGGAAGCUUCUUACCUGGCGGACAAAAAGAAGAUGAAGCAGGACUUAGAGGAUGCCAGUAAAAAAGCAGAGGAGGAUAGGGGCCGGCUGGAGGGAGAACUGAAGGGGUUGCAGGAACAGAUAGCAGAAACCAAAGCCCGGCUUAUCACGCAGCAGCAUGAUCGCGCUCAAGAGCAGAGUGACCAUGCCUUGAUGCUGCGUGAGCUCCAGAAACUGCUGCAGGAGGAGAGGGCCCAGCGCCAGGACUUGGAGCUUCGGUUGGAAGAGACCCGGGAAGCUCUGGCUGGGCGGGCCUAUGCAGCCGGUCAGAUGGAAGGGUUUGAACUGCAGACCAAGCAGCUGACCCGUGAGGUGGAGGAGCUGAAAGGUGAGCUUCAGGCUCUUCGAGAUGAGAAGAAUCAGCCUGACCCCCGGCUGAAGGAGCUUCAAGAAGAGGCGGCCUGCCUUAAGAGCCAUUUCCAGGCUCAGUUGCAGCAGGAAAUGAGGAAGACAGCCCUCGCUGAGGAUCAGCUGCGCCAGCAGUCGCAGUUGGAAGAGCAGAGGGUGGCGGCCCUGGAGAAUCAAAUAUCCCAGGUGUCGGAACUGCUGGGCACCUACGAGAAGGCCAAGCAGAAGGACCAGCUGGCCAUCCAGAAGCUGAAGGAGCGCAUUCUGCAGCUGGACCUGGAGAACAAGACCCUGGCGCUAGCAGCCUCCAGCCGGUCUCCUCUGGACAGCCAUGGAGAUGAGUCCAGUCUGGAUGUCAACGUCCUGAAGGACAAGAUGGAGAAGCUGAAGAGGCUGCUGCAGGUGGCGGCCAGGAAGAGCCAGGUGACCCUGGACGUGGAGAAGCUCUGCGACCUGGAGAUAAUGCCCAGCUCCGAGGCUGCUGAUGGGGAAAAGGCCACGGCGCUCUACUACCAGCAAGAGCUGAAACAGCUGAAGGAGGAAUUUGAGAGGUACAAGAUGCGGGCCCAGGUGGUCCUCAAGAGCAAGAACGUCAAAGACGGGAACCUGGGCAAGGAGCUGGAGGAAGCCCGGGAGCAGCUGGCCGAGCUGAAGGAGAAGUACAUCUCACUGCGGCUGUCCUGUGAGGAGCUGGAGCACCAGCACCAGCAGGAGGCCGAGGGCUGGAAGCAGGAGAUGGCCCGGCUGCAGCAUGGCCACCGGCAGGAGCUGGAGCGGAGCCAGCUGGACUUCCGGGACCGCACGCUGAAGCUGGAGGAGGAGCUGCACAAGCAGCGGGACCGGGCGCUGGCCGUGCUGGCCGAGAAGGACCUGGAGCUGGAGCAGCUGCGAUCUGUGGCCUUGUCCUCCGGGCUGCCGGGGCGCAGAAGCCCUGUGGGUGGCGCGGGCCCCGGGGACCAGGCGGACACCUCCACCCCGGACAGCCUGACCCAAGCCCUGCAACUCGCUGCGGCCAGCGAGCCCACUUUCUUCCUGUAUGCCGAGCAGCUGGCCCGCAAGGAGGUGGAGAUCACGUCGCUGAGAAAGCAGAAGCACCGGCUGGAGGUGGAAGUGCAUCGGCUGCAGGACCGGUUGUUGGAGGAGGGGGAGCGGCAUCGGGAGGAGGUGGGAGCCCUGCAGAGCCACAUCGCAAAGAACAUCAGGGACCAGAGUCGGGAGGGAGCCAACCUGGAGUACCUCAAGAACAUCAUCUAUCGCUUCCUGACCUUGCCAGACACCCUGGGCCGCCAGCAGACGCUCACUGCCAUCCUGACCAUCUUGCACUUCAGUCCAGAAGAGAAGCAAGCGAUCAUGCGGCUCCCAGCUGGUGGUGGUUGGUGGCCCUCUGGCAAGAGAUGA